GGGGUCGGGGGGGUGGUCGGCGGCGUCCUGCCCUGGCUCGUACCCAAGGGGCCGAACCGCGGGGUUAUCAACACCAUGCUGGUGACCUGUGCUGUUUGCUGCUACCUGUUUUGGCUGAUUGCAAUUCUGGCUCAGCUGAACCCUCUCUUUGGGCCGCAGUUAAGCAAUGAAACAAUCUGGUAUCUUAGAUAUCACUGGCCUUAAGGAUGUCUGUGCUGUGCUGCAGCUCAUUGGCAGGUGAAGAAGAGAAGAAAAUCUCCACUGGCCCAAAGGUGCCCUUGCUGUAGCUGGUUGGAUAUGAAGCCUGCAGUAAUGCCUUAACUUUUCUAAUGUUCUUCAAGUGGCCUCUUCAAAAUUCUGUGGUUUUUCCUACUACUCCAUUUAACAGAGUGCCUAAUCCAAUUGAUACUCCUCUUUGGUGCUGUGAGUUUUUGACUGUUAACUCCAGAUGUGAUGAA